AUGCCACUCUUCUGGUCCAACCUCCCUGAAGUUUUCAUCGUCCUCAGUUUCUCUUUAGGCAUGGCCAGACAAGAUUGGGUGUAUGUGGGGAGGCUUAUCGAGUUUUUCACUCUUGUCGCCCAGGCUGGAGUGCAAUGGCGUGAUCUCGGCCCACUGCAACCUCCACCUCCCGGGUUCAAGCGAUUCUCUUGCCUCAGCCUCCCAAGUAGCUGGGAUUACAGACGUGCGCCACCAUGCCCAGCUAAUUUUUGUAUUUUUAGUAGAGAUGAGUUUUUUAAGUCUUGGCUCAUGCCUGUAAUCCCAGCACUUUGGGAGGCCAAGGCGGGUGGAUCACGAGGUCAGGAGAUCGAGACCAUCCUGGCUAACACGCGAGCACCUGUAGUCCCAGCUGCUGGGGAAGCUGAGGAAGGAGAAUGGCGUGAACCCAGCAGGCGGAGCUUGCA